GAUAUCUGAAGUUCGAGCUGAUCCGUGGGAUUCUGCCUCUUCUCCCGAAGCUGUUCCAGUGAAAGUCGUGCUCCCUGAUUUGAGGACAACCUCGGAUCCGGGUCCUGGGACUGACGCUGUGCCGCGUGCCGUUCCUUCGGUUUCAUCUCCGGCUCGGAUAGAUAUCUCUUUAUCUAGGAACCGGGAUCAGCGCAAAAGGAAGAGCAGCACUCUUUUGAGGCCUUCUGCGCAUCCGAAGAAGGCGAAAGCUGAUCAGUCUUCGGAGAAGGAAGUGGUUUCGGAAGUCAUGCCUCCUCCCAAAAACCUCCUUCACUUCAUGCCCUUGCCCGGGCAGAAGUUGAAGAGUGUGGUGGUUGUGGAACCGCCUCCCGUGGACCAACCGCUGGCUGAGGAAGAUACCAUCCCUUCUCCGCUGAAGCCGUCUGCUGCUUUAGGGAUCGAGAUCCAGGAUAUAACCAAGGUGAUGGAGGCAAUUGAAGCCGACCUUGUUCCUGGCUCGGAUGUCCCUAUUGUGGCCGAGCAGAAGGAAGAAGCUGCUGACGUUUCUCUCGAAAGGGAGAAAAGUCCGGAUAAGGAGAUGGUGGAUCUCACCGAAGCUCACGUAGAGGUUCCCGAAGCUGAGAAGGAGGAACCCGAGCAGGGUCUGACGAGGAAGAGGCGUCAUUCGACCUUGGGCUCCACUUCGACCUCGGCCCUGGAUAGACUGAUCCACGCUGACCCUUGCUCGGAUGUUCCGCUGAAACGGAUCCCCGAGGAGGUAAGGGAAGCGAUGGCUCGCUAUGCCAGAGCUCCGGUUUUGGGGGAGAACCCCAUGGCUCACGUGGGAUCUUUGGUGGGUCCCGAAGCUGCACGGGAGAAUCUUCUUCGGGCCAACCCGCAGUGGAGGGUUCCUGGAGCUGAGGAGAGGAACCCAGCUAUGAUGGCCCAAUAUUAUCUGAAUGAGGCUGUUUUCUGGUCCUCGUUCGCUUCCGAGUGUAGCUCGGUUGAGGAAAGGCAGCUGAGGAGGUAUCAGGAGGCUUAUGCUCGUGAUAUCCCUGUCUUGGACCAGAAGGCUGGGCAGCUCAUGGCCGAGAUGGUGGACCUCAAGCAACUGUACCUUCAGUACAGUCGUGAGGCUAGGGAAGCGGCGGAACAGAUCGGGGCCGAAGUUGGGAGGCUCACUUUCCAAGUUGAAGAGGAUGCUGAAAAGAUAGCUUCCUUCGACAGGGAGAGGAGAGAAAUGGCUGCCAAGUUUGCGAGCGAACUUGAAGAAAAAGACAGUCUUCUCAAGGAGAUGACGUCUAAAUUUGAGGCGGCCAUUAAGCAGAGCCAGGAAGCGGAGGCGAGGCUUCAGCAGUUUAUCAAGCACCGGGAGAUUGUUCAGAAUCAAGCUGACAAGGUGCCCGUUCUCCAGCUGAAGAUCCGAGAGAAAGAUGCUGCCAUUCGGAAGUUGGAGCAAGAGAGAGUUGACCUCUACACUGCUGAUCAGUGUAGAGAGCAAUACUGGAAUGGCAUCCUGGGUGCUCGGCGGAUGUUCGCGAAGCACAUGCCUCAUUUCCCUUGGAAUGAGAAGGUUCCGCUCUGGAUGAGGGCCCAGGAUCACUUGGUGGAGUGCCAGGCCGAUCGAGACGAAGCUGAAGCUGAACGCCAAGCUGCUCUUGCAGAGGCUCGGGCCCAGAAGGCGGCUUCCGAAGGUGAUACUACUGCUGGGGGUUCUUCGAAGGAUGCUCCUCUGGGGGAUGCUCCUGAGACUCCCAAGAGCUAGGGAUUCGGGCAGUCGUCUUCUUCAGAGUCGGUCGGUUCCAGUUGAGGACUUCCGAACAUGUGCUUGCCUUUCCCCCCUUUUGCCUCGGCGCUGCGUUGUACUUAUUUCUUUUUUGUUUUCUUUAGUACUUCGGUAGGCCGGUAUUGUCUGUUGAUGGCUGCCGAUUUUAACUUGUUUCAUUUUGUUUUCAAUUUUUGAGGUUUUUCGAUGUAUUUGUACUUCCCCCAAAUAUUGAAUAAAAAAUGAAUGUUUGUUACUUGGCUGCUUCUUUUCAACUUGUUCUUUCGCAAUUUUUAGGUCUUUAAAUCCGUAGAUUUCUCGAGCUCCUCUUUCUGUAGACUUGCUAAAAACCUUUUGACCUUGCGAGCUCUUCAAAUCCGUAGAUCUGCUAAGAGGCUCUUUGACUUUGCGAGUUCUUCAAAUCCGUAGAUCUGCUAAGAGACUCUUUAGUUUUGCGAGUUCUUCAAAUCCGUAGAUCUGCUAAGAGACUCUUUAGUUUUGCGAGUUCUUCAAAUCCGAAGAUCUGCUAAGAGACUCUUUAGUUUUGCGAGUUCUUCAAAUCCGUAGAUCUGCUAAGAGACUCUUUAGUUUCCAGACUCUUCAAAUCCGUCGAUCUGCUCAGAGGUUUGGAUUGUUCUUCCGAUCUCUUGUGGUUCGGAAACCUGGGCAAGAGAUCGCUAGUCUGCCUCUUUAGUUAUGCCUUCGGCGAUCCGUGGAUCUGAGCCGGAGUUUUAUAACUUGAUUCGAGCGACUGUUUGUUGCGAACAAAUUUUAUUAGGGUACCGCGAAUCCGAGGAUUCUGGACGGUUCCCUGAAGUGUAUGAUUUGGUCAUUUCUUGCAUUUUAUCAAGGAAUGGACAAAGUCAACCUGUUUUUAGUCUCGGAUUGAUCAGAUCCGAGGCUGCAUAUAUAUAUAAGGGGACAAUAAAUAUAGAGAUGAGUUCAAUGAAACACAUGGUGCCA